UGUCCUUCCGCGGCGGCUGCGAGGCGGGGCGGCGGCUGAGGCGGCCAGGUGGGUGCCGGGAGGGGCGAAGGCGGGCGGCAGAGGCGGCCAAGUAGGUGCCCAGGAGGCGCGAAGGCGGGCGGCAGAGGCGACCAGAAGUUUCCAAGGAUCACUUGUGUCUCGUCCGUGGGAAGACCAGGGGAGCCGAGAAGGCCUUGGUGUGGAAUUCUGAGAGCUGAUUCCUGCCUUGUCUUCCCCACACUGUCCCUGGAGAAAUCCGAGAAGAGCAGAGCGGAGGGAGCCCCAGACACGAUCCACGGGAGAGCUGUGGAGCGUGGUGAGUGUUUCGUGGCCUCUCGGGUUGGUCAGCACCCCCAGCCAGCUGGCCCAGGACCCCUCUGCAGAAGCGUUCCAGGAGAGCAGGCGUCACCAAGAUGUCCAACCCCUUCCUGAAGCAAGUCUUCAACAAGGACAAGACAUUCCGCCCCAAGCGCAAGUUCGAGCCGGGCACCCAGCGCUUCGAGCUGCACAAGAAGGCGCAGGCGUCGCUGAACGCCGGGCUGGACCUGCGGCUAGCCGUGCAGCUGCCCCCGGGCGAGGACCUGAACGACUGGGUGGCCGUUCACGUGGUCGACUUCUUUAACCGCGUCAACCUCAUCUACGGCACCAUCAGCGACGGCUGCACGGAGCAGUCCUGCCCCGUCAUGUCGGGGGGCCCCAAGUACGAGUACCGCUGGCAGGACGAGCAUAAGUUCCGGAAGCCCACGGCGCUCUCCGCGCCCAGGUACAUGGACCUGCUGAUGGACUGGAUCGAGGCGCAAAUCAACAACGAGGACCUCUUCCCCACCAACGUCGGCACGCCGUUCCCCAAGAACUUCUUGCAGACGGUGCGGAAGAUCCUGUCGCGGCUGUUCCGCGUGUUCGUGCACGUCUACAUCCACCACUUUGACCGCAUCGCGCAGAUGGGCUCCGAGGCCCACGUGAACACCUGCUACAAGCACUUCUACUAUUUCGUCAAGGAGUUCGGCCUCAUCGACACCAAGGAGCUGGAGCCACUGAAAGAAAUGACCGCCCGUAUGUGCCACUAAGAGCCCCGCAGGCCGCCCGGUGCCCGAACUGCCGCUGGGGCCUCAGAGACUUGAAGGAAGAUGCUCUGGAACCAUCAUCACGCUUCUCUCCAGCCUGAGCAUCUCAGGGAGCCCAGGGGCCAGGCCGCUGAGCAGGUGUUGGUCCUCAGGAGCUCCAGCCCUGGAUGGCAGACGCCUUCCUUGCCGUCUCGAGCCUCAGUCUCCCUUCUGGGACCGAACAUGAACUCUGUAAUUCUGUGUGUUACUAGCAACCGGAAAA